GGCACCGGAAGUUCGCUCGCCGAAAGUUUUCUCCACACAAACAUUCACCACAUUCCUCCGCGAACCCCAAAGGCCUCGGCCUAACUAUUCCUCCUGUUCCCCCUUUGUAGGAGCGGCAUAGAAGGCAGGGAAACAAAAAGAGGGGACUCGCGAACCUAGCGUGCAUUUGAGACAAGGGCCUUAUUAAAGAAAGGAGCACCUCAGCCCUGAGGGAGAGGUGUCCGGGACUAUUUUUUAAAAAAAAACCAGGCGGAAGGAUAUAUACUCAUCCUCGCUUCCGCAAGAAAGGGUUUUAACAGACGCGUCACUUCCGGCGAGCUUAAAGAAGGGGAGGAAAAGGGGAAAAAAACAAACCCCCGAAGGGGGAAACAAAAACAAACGUGAGGCCUCCGUAGGAGCGGGUUCAACGAGACCCCAGUGCCUGUUUCCGAGGAGCUCCACAGUUCGGGGGUAGCAGCGCUUUCACUCCUCGCUGGGUACCGGGAUGUCCCUGCGCCCCCUGCCCCAUCUUUGAGCUUCUUUGCCUCCCCUCCUCCCUUCCUUCCUCUCCAGCUUAGCCCGUUCUCUCCCUGGUCCUAAGGCGGCGGCGGCAUCUGGAUCGACGGCGCCGCCAUGUCGGGGGACGACGACGGCCCUGGUGGGUCUCACUACGUGGCAGAGUUCGUGCCUCCGCCUGAGUGCCCCGUCUUCGAGCCCAGCUGGGAGGAGUUCAGCGACCCCCUCGGCUUCAUCGGUCGUAUCCGACCCUUGGCUGAGAAAACCGGCAUUUGCAAGAUCAGGCCUCCCAAGGACUGGCAGCCUCCUUUUGCGUGUGAUGUACAAAGUUUUCGCUUUACCCCACGAGUUCAGCGUUUGAAUGAAUUAGAGGCAAUGACUAGAGUGAAGUUGGACUUCUUAGAUCAACUGGCAAAAUUUUGGGAACUUCAAGGAUCUACAUUAAAAAUUCCAGUAGUGGAGAGAAAAAUAUUGGAUCUUUAUUCACUAAGUAAGAUUGUUGCCAGCAAAGGAGGCUUUGAACUGGUCACUAAAGAGAAGAAAUGGUCAAAAGUGGCUAGUCGUCUUGGUUACUUACCAGGAAAGGCAACGGGUUCGCUGCUGAAGUCUCACUAUGAACGGAUCUUAUAUCCGUAUGAGCUUUUCCAGUCUGGUGUCAGCCUGAUGGGCAUCCAAAAGCAAAACUUGGACCUUAAGGAAAAAGUGGAGGUUGAGGACCUCGGCAUUGAUGCCCAGUCUCCCCCAAAGCAGGGUACAAGAAUGAACGUUGUGCUGAAGAGAACCAGACGUGUCAAGUCCCAGGCAGAGGCAGGAGAGAUGAGUAGGAACACUGAACUGAAGAAGCUCCAGAUCUUUGGAGCAGGACCAAAGAUGAUGGGAUUGGCGUUGGGAGCAAAAGAAAAAGAAGAUGAAGUCCCUCGAAGACGGAAAGGUACUAGGUCGGAGGCUUUUGGCAUGCAGAUGAGGCAGCGGAAAGGGGCACUUUCUGUCAGCUUCGUUGACUUAUAUGUCUGCUUGUUCUGUGGCCGGGGAAACAAUGAGGACAAAUUGCUGCUGUGCGAUGGAUGUGAUGACAGCUACCACACCUUUUGCUUAAUACCCCCUUUGCCUGAUGUGCCCAAAGGUGACUGGAGAUGCCCUAAAUGUGUUGCUGAGGAAUGUAACAAACCACGUGAAGCCUUUGGAUUUGAACAGGCUGUUCGAGAGUACACCCUUCAGAGCUUUGGCGAGAUGGCAGAUAACUUCAAGUCUGAUUAUUUCAACAUGCCAGUCCAUAUGGUUCCCACUGAACUGGUGGAGAAGGAGUUUUGGCGACUUGUGAGCAGCAUUGAGGAGGAUGUAAUUGUGGAGUAUGGAGCUGACAUUUCAUCCAAGGACUUUGGAAGUGGCUUCCCUAUAAAAGAUGGCAGGCGAAAGCUAAUGCCAGAAGAGGAGGAGUAUGCCCUUUCCGGCUGGAACCUCAAUAACAUGCCAGUUCUGGAACAAUCUGUCCUAGCACAUAUCAAUGCGGAUAUUUCUGGCAUGAAGGUGCCUUGGCUUUAUGUGGGGAUGUGCUUCUCCUCUUUCUGUUGGCACAUUGAGGAUCACUGGAGUUAUUCCAUCAACUACCUUCACUGGGGAGAGCCAAAGACAUGGUAUGGAGUUCCCUCUCAUGCGGCUGAACAACUGGAGGAAGUAAUGCGAGAGCUAGCUCCUGAGCUGUUUGAAACUCAGCCUGAUCUUCUGCACCAGCUAGUCACCAUCAUGAACCCCAAUGUGCUUAUGGAGCAUGGCGUGCCUGUGUACCGGACCAAUCAGUGUGCUGGCGAGUUUGUUGUAACUUUUCCACGUGCCUAUCACUCUGGAUUUAAUCAAGGAUACAACUUUGCUGAAGCUGUGAACUUCUGCACUGCUGACUGGCUCCCAAUAGGUCGACAGUGUGUAAGCCAUUACCGGCGACUGAGGCGUCACUGUGUGUUCUCGCAUGAGGAGCUUAUCUUCAAAAUGGCUGCGGACCCUGAGUGCUUGGAUGUGGGGCUGGCUGCCAUGGUCUGCAAAGAAAUGACUCUCAUGACAGAAGAGGAGGCACGUUUAAGGGAGUCUGUUAUACAGAUGGGAGUGCUGAUGUCGGAGGAGGAAGUAUUUGAGCUGGUUCCAGAUGAUGAACGUCAGUGUGCAGCCUGUAGGACCACUUGUUUCCUGUCUGCUCUUACAUGUUCCUGUAACCCUGAGCGGCUUGUAUGCUUAUAUCAUCCAAAUGAUUUGUGUUCAUGUUCUAUGCAGAAGAAAUGUCUGAGAUAUCGGUAUCCACUAGAGGACUUUCCUUCCUUGCUGUAUGGAGUGAAAGUCAGAGCACAGUCCUAUGAUACGUGGGUCAGCAGGGUCACCGAGGCACUGUCUGCCAACCUCAACCACAAGAAAGAUGUGAUUGAGCUGAGAGUAAUGUUGGAGGAUGCUGAAGACAGGAAAUAUCCAGAGAACGACCUCUUCCGCAAGCUGAGAGAUGCUGUGAAAGAGGCAGAGACUUGUGCUUCAGUGGCCCAGCUGCUUCUGAGCAAAAAACAAAAGCACAGUAGACUGAGCCCAGAGAGUGGAAGGACACGGACCAAGCUGACUGUGGAAGAACUGAAAGCUUUUGUCCAACAGCUGUUCAGCCUUCCCUGUGUCAUUAAUCAGGCCCGGCAAGUAAAAAACCUGCUGGAUGAUGUCGAAGAGUUUCAUGAACGUGCUCAGGAGGCCAUGAUGGAUGAGGUCCCUGACUCCUCUAAGCUGCAGAUGUUGAUAGACAUGGGCAGUGGCCUCUAUGUGGAACUUCCUGAAUUGCCUCGCCUGAAGCAAGAGCUGCAGCAGGCUCGCUGGCUGGAUGAAGUGCGAGUGACCCUUUCAGAUCCUCAGAGAGUCACCUUGGAUGUGAUGAAGAAACUAAUUGACUCAGGGGUGGGACUGGCUCCACACCAUGCGGUGGAGAAGGCCAUGGCUGAGUUGCAGGAGCUGCUCACUGUUUCUGAGAGGUGGGAGGAGAAAGCUAAAGUCUGCCUGCAAGCAAGGCCUCGACAAAGCAUAGCAGCUCUGGAGAACAUUGUCAACGAAGCAAAGAACAUCCCAGCUUACCUGCCUAACGUGCUGGCCUUGAGAGAAGCUCUACAGCGAGCACGAGACUGGACAUCCAAAGUGGAAGCAAUUCAGAAUGGGAGCAACUAUGCAUAUCUAGAGCAACUAGAGAAUCUGUCAGCCAAAGGCCGCCUGAUACCUGUCCGCCUUGAUGCACUGCCACAGGUUGACUCACAGGUAGCAGCAGCUCGUGCCUGGAGGGAGCGCACAGGCAGAACAUUCCUUAAGAAGAACUCAAGCUACACACUGUUACAGAUUCUGAGCCCUCGAACUGAUAUUGGUGUUUAUGGAAGCAGUAAGAAUAGGCGAAAAAGAGUAAAGGAGCUGAUAGAGAAGGAGAAAGAGAAGGAUCUUGAUCUGGAGUCCUUGAGUGAGCUAGAAGACGGACUAGAAGAGACCAGGGACACUGCAACUGUGGUGGCUAUCUUCAAGGACCGCGAGCAGAAGGAGAUUGAAGCCAUGCAUGCCCUCAGGGAAGCCAACCUGGCAAAGAUGACAAUGGUGGAUCGGAUUGAGGAAAUAAAGUUCUGCAUCUGCCGCAAAACAGCCAGUGGGUUCAUGCUCCAGUGUGAACUCUGCAAAGACUGGUUUCAUAGCACCUGUGUGCCCCUCCCCAAAACCAACUCCCAAAAGAAGGGCUCCAGCUGGCCUGCCAAAGAAGUCAAGUUCCUAUGCCCACUUUGCAUGCGUUCUCGAAGACCCCGUCUUGAGACCAUCUUAUCUCUGCUGGUGUCCUUGCAAAAGCUGCCAGUGAGACUGCCGGAGGGUGAGGCACUCCAGUGCUUGACAGAGCGGGCUAUGAGUUGGCAGGACCGAGCACGGCAAGCUCUUGCUACUGAUGAACUCUCCUCUGCAUUGGCCAAGCUCUCUGUGUUGAGCCAGCGUAUGGUGGAACAGGCUGCACGGGAGAAAACAGAGAAAAUAAUCAGCGCAGAGCUCCAGAAGGCAGCAGCCAACCCUGAUCUACAGGGUCACUUGACUAGUUUUCAGCAAUCUGGCUUUAACCGGGCAAUGAGUAGCGUGUCGUCAUCUCCACGACAGACUAUGGACUAUGAUGAUGAGGAGACAGAUUCAGACGAAGACAUCAGGGAAGCAUAUGGCUAUGAUAUAAAGGACAAUGCCAGUGUAAAAUCCUCUAGCAGUCUGGAGCCCAACCUCUUCUGUGAUGAAGAGAUUCCUAUCAAAUCUGAAGAAGUUGUAACACACAUGUGGACAGCCCCUUCCUUCUGUGCUGAACAUGCAUAUUCAUCAGCUUCCAAAAGCUGCUCUCAAGGUUCCAAUACUCCAAGGAAGCAGCCUCGCAAAAGCCCCCUCGUACCUCGCAGUUUAGAACCCCCUGUGCUUGAACUGUCUCCUGGAGCCAAAUCGCAGCUAGAAGAUCUAAUGAUGAUAGGAGAUCUCCUAGAGGUAUCUCUGGAUGAGACCCAGCACAUCUGGCGGAUCUUGCAGGCAACACAUCCACCAUCAGAGGACAGGUUUCUCCAUAUUAUGGAGGAUGACAGCAUGGAUGAGAAGCCUUUAAAAAUGCGGGGACGAGACUCCUCUGAGCGGAAGCGGAAGCGCAAGCUAGAGAAAGCAGAGCAGUUCUUUGGUGAAAUGAAGCAGAAGUCUAAAGAGCUGAAGAAGUUGGAGAAACCCAAGAAGAAGAAGCUAAAACUGACCAUGGACAAGACGAAGGAGCUGAACAAACUGGCCAAGAAACUGGCUAAAGAGGAGGAGCGGAAGAAGAAGCGAGAGAAGGCGGCUGCAGCCAAGGUGGAACUGGUGAAAGAGUGCACAGAGAAAAAGAGAGAGAAGAAGGUCUUGGACAUCCCCUCUAAGUAUGACUGGUCAGGAGCUGAGGAGUCCGAUGAUGAAAAUGCAGUGUGUGCUGCACAGAACUGCCAGAGGCCCUGCAAGGACAAGUUUGGAUACUUGCACGAGACCAAAACCAGGCCUUACUCAGCCAGGUCUCAUAACGCUCACAAGGUAGACUGGGUGCAAUGCGAUGGCGGCUGUGAUGAGUGGUUUCAUCAAGUUUGUGUUGGUGUCUCACCAGAAAUGGCAGAGAGUGAAGAUUAUAUCUGUAUAAACUGUGCAAAAAAACAGAUGCAGGGGGCAGAUAGUCCAAAACAUGCACCACCCCCUCAUUUCUUGCUGAGCUACAAACUACCUAUGGAGGACCUCAAGGAGACAAGUUAGCAGCUGCUCGGUCUUGCUGGGACUCGAGGGAAAUGGAACACUAAGAAGGUGGCGUGAAGCUAUUGUUGCCACUUGGAAUGCUCCACUUCCGCGGACCUGUGGCCCUAUAGCGGAGCUGGCCCCAUAUAGCUGGCUUCCCUUACGCAAAAGGGAUGUCAUGGGCACAAGGGUACUGACCCAGCUAUGCAGAUACCACCCUGUUGGAAGUCCCAGCCAGUGUAUUUACUCCUAUGUUUCCUGGAAAAAAAAAAGGCUGAGUGUAGGUUCCACCUUCAGGCCAAGCAGAUGUGAGGCCCAUGGAUUAAGCUGCUCUGCCCCAGCAGUGCAAAUGGGGGGCAUUGUUGAGAAUCCUGAGCCCCACCUGUUUGCCACUUAAUGGCAUGCUGACUGGGCAGAGGCGAUGAAGGCUCCCUUUCAGCCUUUUCAUGUUGAGGCACUAAGGCCAUGUUACGUGGAUAAGGAACUCACUUUAAGCACCAUGCAGGAGGAGAUGGGGUGGGUGGAAAAAUUAAUUCCUGUUCUUGUUGUUAGAAGGCAAAGGAACUUUAGGUCUUGGAAACGGACUUUGAUUCUGUGUUUGCCCUUUGGGGUCACUCCCCUUCUUGGGGUAAGCUCACAUAUGAAUUAACACGUAGCUGAGGUAUGUAUCCUUGGCAAAGCACUCCUUCCAGCGCUGGUGGCCAUUUUGCUCUGUCUUAGGCUUUAUUGUCAUGAAGUUGUCUGAAGCAAGGCACAGCUGGUAUUAGUGGGCAUCAUGAGCUCAUGGGGUUGAUAAUGGGGGCCGAGAGAAGCUUUCUCACGAUUCCACACUGACAUGCUUCUGUGAAAACGCCUAACUCACAAGUGUUCCCAGCAUCACCAAACUGUAAUUUCACAGUUCCAGUAAGCACUCUGCAGGUGCAGAUGGCAGCCCUGCUUCCUUGCCUUUAGGUUUCUAUGGAUUAAAGGCCUACACGUGGCUACAAAUCUGGCUUUACCCCUCCCCCACUCCUUGCUUUCCUGGAAGAGAGGUGGUUGGGGGGGGCGGUAGGUGUCCUGGGUGGCAAUUGUUUUAGUAAACCCAUUUUUAAAAAAGGACUGGUUUUUACUUUUUUCUAUGUCUCGGACUACUGACUUGUUCUACAAAAAAAUAGAUUAUUUUUCCUUGGUUUUUGUACUUACCACGGUUACCAGCAGCACAGAAAAAGAGAGAGAGAGGCUCACAAAAACCUGCCUGCAGGCUUGGGUUUUUUUACUUCAUUCCUUCCUUGUAGUACAAGGAAAUUAGCAGUUACUCCCCACAUCCUUGCUCCACCUGCUGCCUGUGUUUUAAAUAGGUAAAAAAAAACAUUUCAUGUGCUACCUUCAUGUUGGAGUUCGUUCUGUUAGCAAGGCGUCUUGGCCCUUGCUAGUUUCUGUGAGUGGCUGAAACUGGCCAUGGUGGUGUCUCUCCCCGCCCCUCUCCACCCUGCUCCCAUUAUCUAUUGUGUUUCCAUUCUUCUACAGUUCUAGGAGUGUUGUAACUAUAGUGUUCAGUCUUACUAGUUGAAGGGGUUGGGAUUUUCUAAAAGAUAAAAUCUUGUAGUGUUCUGCCUUGACUGUUUCGUGUCCCUUUUGUUGUAUCCAGUACUUGGAGACUUCAUUGGUGAAGCAUCUCUUGUCAUGAGGCACGUUAUUGACUUUUGUCUUUGUCAGUGGCAGGUGGUGGCUCCAUUUUAGUGGGGCAGCAGAAUCUGUUCUGGGUUUUAGUUCAUACUUUCAAGGAGCUGUCAAGGAGUUACUUCAGCACCUCUUUGCUCCAGUUUUAGUUUGAACUUUCAGAUUCCACUGCCCACUGACAUGGAGCCGUCAACCCCCACUGGCCUGCAUAUAAUACAUUUCCAUAAAAUAUGGAGGUGGGACUUUCAUUAAGGCAGGGGGUAGAUCUAGUGUCUGAUAAACCCAUUCCAGGCCCUACAAGUUUUUUUCUGGGCUACAUUUCUGCUUGAUCCUGAGACAUCUCUGAAAAAAGAGGAAAAUGCUGGCACAUUUCUUAAGUUUUCACCACUUGCUGAAGAGGCAACCAACCCACUUUGGCUUACGUUGUAAAAUAGAAUUGAAAAAUGUUUUGCUGCCUCUUCAGUUCAUGUGCUUUCAAAGAAGCCUCUGGCUGUGAUUGGCUGUCCCCCAUUUAUGCAUAUACAAUAGCUUUCUGGAAAGCUAUUUCAGUUUUAAAUCAGAAAUGAAGUGUCCCCUUAAAUGGUGGCCAUGAGGUAAGCAAAUGUAGUGAUUUGCAAAGAACAAGUAAACCAGAAUAUUGAUCCUUGGAACAAUAAAGUUUCUUACUUGAUCAACAUCAAAUACCAGCCAAAGCUUCAAUAUGAAGGUCAGACUAGUUGACUUACCAUAAAAAGCUUCAGCAGAAGAGAUGGGAUAUUCAGCAGUCAAAGAAAAUGGAAAGCAACUUGGCUUUAUGGGGUUGGGGGUGGAACUGUUUGCCCCUUCCCCUUCUGGUCUUCCCUCACCAAGCAAUAAUUAAGGUAAAACAAACAUUUCAGCUUCAUUUGUUUUUGUUACUUAAUGGGCAGAAUGUGUGUAGAUUUGUGGUCUAACUUUCUGCCUUCAUUGUGCAUCAGUCUUAUUUCUGGCCUUGUGCUCUAGCCCUUUUAAAAUCUGCUUUCAAAA